AUGCCGGUAACUCGGAGAACAAACACUCAGGAUCGUCCCAAUGAAGAGCAUGUUGAAGUCGUUGAUGAAACCGAUCUUUCUGAAACGGUGCGAUUGUUGAAGCAAGAAAUGGAGUUGAUGAAGCAGCAAAGAGAGAGAGAUGCAAGGGAGCUUUCGGCCUUGAGAGCUGAGAAUGAGGUGUUGAAAAGUCAAGAUACUUCUUGGAAACCUACUCAUGCCACCAACACACAAACUCAAGGGUCGUAUCAAUCUCACGCGAUACAUACUUCGGUUCCCCAUGCUUCGGCAGCAGUCCCUGAGAAGUUCCCCUCGGCUUUACCAACUGUGGGUCGUCCUGCAGAUAUGAUGACUGUUGGAUCGCAUCGACACCCUUUUACCCCCUCCAUUAUGCAACUCCCCUUAAUGGAUAAUUGGAAAGCUUUACCUAUUGAUAAAUACGAUGGUACGACAGAUCCUGAUGAGCAUUUGGAUGUUUUUCUGACGCAGGUAACUCUGAGCACAACGGAUGAUGCUGCGUUGUGUAGGAUCUUUCCUACGUCUCUCAAAGGCAGAGCCCUCAGUUGGUUCACUCGUCUUCCACCCAAUUCAAUCGACUCGUUCAACACAUUGUCUUCACAAUUUGCUAUUCAAUUUGCAACAAGUCGUCCUCAUAAUCUAACGUCUUUAUCUUUGGUUGGUAUUAGGCAGGACAAGAAGGAAUCUUUGCGGGCAUUUAUGGAUCGGUUUAACAAGGCUACUCUGGAAAUUCGAGAUCUUAACCCCGCUGUAGCAUUGCAUCACCUCACAACAGCCUUAAAACCGGGGCCGUUUGUCAAUAGUAUUUGUAAAAAGCCUCCUUUGGACAUGAGUGAUUUAAGGAGAAGGGCUGAUAAGUAUAUGCAGAUGGAAGAGUUGGCGGAAUAUCGUAAUCAGGCCCGAGAUGAGUCGUCAAGCAAGGUAGAAAAGCAAACAGAACAGUCAUACAAGGGGAGAGGAAAGGAUAUAUCUCUUCGGGAUCGGCCUAGUCGGGCUACACCACCACGUGCAGAUACUAGUAAAUCUUGUCGGUAUCAUCGCAAUCGUGGACAUUCUACUGAUGAAUGUGCAGCCCUUAGAGACAGAAUUGAAGAUUUGAUUAAGCAACGCAAGUUGCAUAAUUUUGUGGAUCGAACAGGGUUGUCGCAAACUCGCUCAUAUCAACCCAGGUAUCAAGAUCGGCGCAGACAAGACCGUUCCGAUAGAGCCCCUCGUGAAAGAAGCAGGUCACGAGAAAGAAGUAGGUCGCGAGAAAGAAAGGAUACCUCGGCACCAUCACAUAGGAGGGUGAUCAAUACUAUUGCAGGAGGGUUUGCUGGUGGAGGCUCAACUUCAUCGGCUCAAAAGAGGCAUCUUAGAGCAAUUCGAUCGGUUAACGUUGUUCAUAGACAGUCUUCACGGAGGUUACCAGCAAUAACCUUCACCGAUGCUGAUUUCAAGGGUAUUGAUCCAGAGCAAGAUGACCCGAUGGUUAUUAGCGUGGAAAUUCACAAUUGCAUUGUCAAGAAAACAUUGGUUGAUCAGGGUAGUUCAGCAGACAUAUUAUAUUGGAAUACUUUCAAGCAGUUGGCCAUUUCGGAAAAAGAAUUGCUCCCUUAUGAUGACCCGUUGGUCGGUUUUGCAGGAGAAAGGGUCAGUACCCGAGGUUAUAUUAAACUCUUUACACGUUUUUGUUUUGACGAACAACAGAGUAGAGAGGUUCAAGUGAAGUAUAUCGUGGUGGAAGCUAGCACUUCAUAUAAUAUCCUCCUUGGCAGGCCGUCCUUGAAUGCAUUAGGGGCUAUCGUUUCAACACCACAUUUAGCGAUGAAGUUUCCAUCUGAUCAAGGGACAAUAAUUACGAUUCAUGCCGAUCAAAAGGCUGCUAGGGAGUGUUAUUAUGCUAGCUUACGGAUCGCGCCGUUGGAAGAGAAAAAAUCAAAAUCAAAAAGGGUUCAUGCUGUUAACACUUCGGCACUCGGGGAGGAACCUGUUUGGGAUCUUGAUCCAAGAAUGAACAAUGAGGAACGGGUGGAGCCAGUAGAAUCUAAAGUACAAUUUCAGAUCGGUGUACAUCCUAUUCAGGUACACUGA